GAGCAAAUUUGAAAGAAAACAAACAAUUUGGCUCCAAUUUCUAAAACCCUAGGCUCUUCUCCCUCACUCCCGCUCGAUUCGUUUCUUCUUGCUGGAGUUCUUGCUGAAGUUCUUGCUGAAGUUCUUGCUGAAGAAGCUCUGGAUUGUAUCUCAGUUGAGGGAAUCUAAAUUCUGGCACAAUGUCGAUGUCUAAGAGCUCCAAGAUGCUCCAGUACGUUAAUUAUCGGAUGAGGGUCACGAUCCAAGAUGGGCGCCAAUUGGUGGGCAAGUUCAUGGCCUUCGAUCGGCAUAUGAACCUCGUUCUCGGCGACUGCGAGGAGUUCCGUAAGCUUCCGCCGGCUAAGGGUAAAAAGACUAAUGAGGAACGUGACGAACGUCGUACCCUUGGCCUCGUUCUUCUACGCGGCGAAGAGGUAAUUUCCAUGACAGUUGAGGGUCCACCGCCUGCUGAAGAGUCCCGUGCUAAAGCCGUCAAUGCUGCUGCUAUGGCUGGGCCUGGUAUUGGCCGUGCCGCUGGGAGAGGUAUCCCGACUGCUCCUCUUGUUCAAGCUCAGCCUGGUCUUGCUGGACCAGUUCGUGGAGUGGGCGGACCCGCUCCGGGGAUGAUGCAGCCUCAAAUCUCUCGCCCGCCAGUACCUCAGCUUUCGGCUCCGCCGAUGUCAUAUCCGGCUGCCCCCGUUAUCCGUCCACCUGGUCAGAUGCCGAUGUUUCCAGGGCAAGGUCCACCUCCCGUUGGGAGAGGUAUGCCUCCACCUCAAUUCUCGGCAGCGAGACCAGGGGGAGCCCCUCCACAACCAUUCCCAGGUCCUCAAUUUGCGCAGAGACCAAUGGGACCUCCACCAACAGGGCAAGUGAUGAGGGGACCGCCACCUCCACCCAGGCCUGGAAUGGCACCUCCCCCGCCUCGACCUGGGAUGCCUCCUCCGCCUGGUGGCUUAGUUCCUGUUUACGGACCACCUCGUCCUGGCAUGCCGCCUCCGCCCAACCCACAAAAUCAGCAGCAAUAGUGCUGACAUACUUACAUGUGAAGAUCUGUGGAGACUUUCAGUGGAUAUUAUCUUAUGUUGGUUCAACCUGCGUUUCACUAGCCAGGGGGAUACAGCUUGGUUCAUCUCUGUCUGAAUUUGUGUUGAUGCUGCUGUAGGAUUCGACAAUGUACUGUUAUGAGCAAAUUGUGGCCCUCAUUUUGCAAUUUAACAAUUAGAUGUAGUUCGAGUGCAGGAUUUUAAUGUGAGUUACCCAUUCCUGAUCGCCAUGUCUCUAGGUAGAUUCGCUUGCUCCCCUCUUUUUAAUCUGUGUUAGGCAUUAUGUAGGUCUUUCAAUUACUUGCGGACCUAAAACCCAUAUAGUACGAACUGAAGGUUAUGUAUUUUAGGACAUCUAUCCUGUUAAAAAGGAGAAAAUAUAUAUACGACAUUUUUUUCUCCUCAAACAAAUGUAAUGAAGAUUGAUUGAAGGAUGGAUUACAGAGGAGGAAGAAGCACAUCUCAAGCCAGCCAAGGGAUUUCUAUGGAAAAAAAAAACCUUCCAAGUAGCAUGAAUGAGAGCCGUAUCUUCAAAGGGAGACAAUUGCCAUGAAUGCUUGGAUCAAACUAUGCUCCACCUUUUGGGGGGCAUAUACCAACUAGGAUCUAAGUUGUAAAAGGUAUGGCCAUAUUUUCACGCCAUGUUUUGUCACUCUCUUUGCUCUGUGCCACCAGAAGUAGAUAUGAACAGGUCAGGAUUCGUCUAGUGGACCCAUAUGCUUUGUUUUGUAUGCAUUCAAAAUUCUGGGCUA